GUGACAGGGGUUGUCAGGGUCAGAUGGCUGCUCAGCCUGAUUAGACGAGCUCACAGCAGAUCCUCGGUCCAGAGCGCUGCGAGGCUACGGCGAGGCAGAGCCACCAGCAGACACGCACGGUAAAGACCGUGGAUACCGAGAGGCCGGCGAGGCACAGGGAGGCUUCGGUGAUACAGUCAGGCAUUGCAACAGGUUGUUGCACAAAGACUUCCCCUUUCUGCUCGUUGACUGACAGACAUUUCAGCUUCUAGAGGCAGAAAAAAAACUAAAAGACUAAAAGCCGAUCGGCUUUUCUGUGAGGAAGAGGCAGAAGAACCGUUAUUCAGCCAGCGGGUGGAGAUGACAUUGAAUAGCAGAACCGCUGGUUGAUGGAGUUUGUGCGGCGGAGUGGUGACUACUGCCACGCUCAACACCUUUAGAGCCUAUCUGGGAUGAAGCUGCAUCAUGCAAUCCUGCAGCCCUGAAACCUGAAAGACCAUCAGCCCUCACCCCUGUGAACCAGCUAGCCCAUGGGGUAACACGUGGAGCCUCGCCACCGGAAGCCAACUGGAAACAGAAGGACAGAGAGAACUACUGAGGGACAAGGAGCGAAAGAGAGAGGGACCGAAGGACAGACAAUCAGAGAGAUAGAAACAGAGAGACACUGUAGCAUCCGGGACUACAGAACCGAUGGGGUAAUAAUUGUACCCAACACAACAGGACCUCGGAAUUGAGAAAAAACUUAAAGGAUAAAAAAAGUAUCCCAAGUGGAGGUUCACCAGGAGACAAGAAGUCCAGAAUCACCUAAAGACGACUUGAUAUUAGUUCCAAACACAGCAGCUACCUGGAAUAGCUGGAGGUCAGAGGUCAACCUGCGAUAUCAAAGGUCAUGCAGGCCAACAUGAACCGACCAGCUCCGGUUGAACUGUGCCACAAGAACAUGAGAUUCCUCAUCACACACAACCCCACAGACAGCACACUCAGCUCCUUCAUAGAGGACCUGAAGCGCUUCGGCGCCACCACAGUUGUCCGCGUCUGUGACACCACGUAUGACAAAACACCGCUGGAGAAAGACGGCAUCACUGUGGUGGAUUGGCCGUUUGAUGAUGGAGCCCCGCCCCCGGUGAAGCUGGUGGAUGAUUGGCUGAGUCUGCUGAAAAAGAAGUUUCAGGAGGAGCCAGGAUGCUGCGUGGCAGUUCACUGUGUGGCUGGCCUCGGGAGGGCUCCUGUGCUGGUCGCCUUGGCUCUGAUAGAGAGUGGGAUGAAGUAUGAAGAUGCUAUUCAACUCAUCAGACAGAAGCGCCGUGGAGCCAUCAACAGUAAACAGCUAACCUACCUGGAGAAAUAUCGAUCCAAGCACAGACUCCGCUUUAAAGACUCUCAUGCACAAAAGAACAAAUGUUGCACAAUGUGAACACAUACACAAAACACUAACAAACAAACAAACAGACAGACAGCCUGUGGUACUCGACGAAUAAUCUCAGGAAACCAUACAGGCCUUGUGUCACCGUCAAAAAGAAAGAUUUCUGUCUACAGGCUUGAUUGGCCCCAGUUUUAAUAGAACCCAUCUUUGUUCCCUUGUUUGUGAUGAUCUCCUGAUUCAUUUAUUGGGACGUCAUUGUCACAAUAUAUUCAAGAUUUGAGAGAUAUAUUACAGUUAAAAAAGAUACAGAAAAAAGAUGGGCGAGGGAACCAAAAUAAAAUAUAAAUUACUUUUUGCAAACACAAAAUACCCAAAAAUGUUUUGGGGAUUGUUUUCAUAAAAAAAAUCCUUCGGGCGCUCCUAUGUGGACCUCUAAACAGAUUUGGUGUGGUUUAUGGCCUUCAAAACCUUAAAUUAUAACGUUUAUUUUGAGAAAAUACCAUUGAAUUUUAAGAUUUUGUACUGAUAUUCAAUAAGUUUAAACUUCACCAUGAUCCGAGUAUGAAAUUACAUGCAGUAUUUCUUUGAUUGUUUUUUUCUUUCUAAUUGUUUUAUGUGUGAAAAACACUAACAAAGAGUUAAAAUCCUAACACAUGGAAACACGGGAUUAAAAUCAGUUAAGUAGCUCAGUGUUUUUAAUGAGAAAUAAUGUCAAUACUCUCUGUAGAUUCCGUAUUCUUUCUUUUACGUUAUUCCUGUUGGUGUCUUUUCUCAGUGUAAUUGCAGAUAUCAGAGCUAAUUUCCAUGCUACAAAAUUUAAAUCUAGUUCAAAAGUGCUAAAUGAAGAAAUCUGGUAGACAUAAAGCAUUUGGUUUUGUUACAGUUGCACCAUUACUUCAUUGUGCUCAAGUUAUGUGUUUACAUAUCAGUGUGUGCAUUAUAUUAUGCUCUGUUUGCUGACACCUGCAAAAAGAAACAUUUUUCUCUGCAGCAGCUGAUUUGAAGAAAGGUUUAAAGUACUUCCUAAUUAGGUCAUUCUUAAUAAUUCACCUUUAAUGGUACAUUACACAUACAGAGCGAUGUAAACUAGUUGUAAAUAAUAUUAUAAAUAAUAUUAAAUAAGAUAUCUAUUUUAUUCUCAUAGAGGUCAGGGUUAAACAUUCUAAUAUGUUAACUAAAAAAAGUUUCAAAGAAAUUGAAAAAGGUAUGAAAAAGUGUUUUCUUAUUCUAAUCUUUUUUUUGUCAGGGAGUAAUUCCUCCAUUAAAGAGUCAGUCUCACUUUUAAUCCACAGAUGAUAUAUGAGUCAAACCCUAGCACUAAUAAUGAUGGGCAUCAUUUAGACUAGGUUACAGUAUAUUACACAUAUUUUCUUGUGUGGUGGUAUUUAUUCAGUUGUAUUGAUCCCGAAUGAGGCGUGUAACCAAUCGAUUCAGUUUUUGCCGACGGUGAAGCAUACACCUUUUAUGGAUUAUUAAUUGCUUGUGAUAGUCUCCUCAUCAUCUGAUGUCAUGAACAAUAAUUUGUAAGAAAUAAAUUUAACCAGAGGGUUAACAAUUGAAGAAAAGAUGGUGAGAGGAAAGAUAAUGUACCAUCGUUACCUCAAAGUUUAACAGAUUGGCAGUUAAAUUGUUCAUAUGUGUGUGUGUGUUUGUUUUGUAGCCAUUAGCCAUUGUUAAUCUUUUGGACUGGCCGGAGCUGAAACUUCUUAUGUACAAACAAAUGCUGUAAAUGUCUGUAUGUUUGUACAUUUUUGCACUGUUUAAUAAAGGGUUUGUUAUUGUCCCUAUAUUUCAGGAGGUAUUCUUUAAUUUCUCCGUCUGUUUUAUAAGGCCGAUAUGAUCCCUUUUUUGAGCCUUAUCAGGUUUCAUUCUGCUAGAAAUUGUCAACAAAAAAGGCAUCAAUUAUGACUAUUCAGGAAGAAACAAAUACAUUCCUCUUAAAACUAAAUCGUUUCAUUUCCUUGCUGUUUGUGGCAGAAAGACAUUAUUGUUAGAUUUUGCAACAAAACACAAGAAAAACAAUGCAAUGCAUUCCUAGUAUAAAAUUCCCUGAACUGUAACUCAUUAAAGUCUCUUUUUACUUGUG